AUGCUCUAAGUGGCUGUUUUUGUUUUAAAUGCUUCAUAAUAUGACAACCACCCAACACAGUUCACCUAACCUAUUGUGUGAAAGACUGUAUUUGUUUUAAAUAUUAAAAAAACUAGUUAUAAGCUUGUGGAAAAACCCACAGCCUAGCCAUCAUAUAUAUUCUGAAAGUGCUAUUUUGUGCAUCUGAGACUACAUAUAUAUCUUGUAUAGCUAAACACUAGUUGUCAACCCAUGGAAAAAUGCUGAUGCCGUCCUUUAUAUGUAUAUCGCAUUUUGUGUUUCCAUUCCGGCUAUUAUUAAUUAGAUGGACACAGAAAAGACAACUUUAGGGCAACAGUCAAUGGCUGCAGAAAUUUCACUUUUGACCAUCAGAAUUCAAAAACAAACUGUCAAAUUGACCAGCAACUAAUUGUGCCUUCCAAGAACGAAAAGACAGUCUUGACAUUCACGCAAUGAAAAUAACAUUGUUUAUAAAGAGUGUGGCUACACCAAAGCAUGAAUUCAUGCGUACUCUUAACUUAAAAAUCGAACUCAUAACUUGAGAUCUGCACGUCGGUUUGCAAUCAAAUUUUGUGAGUAUUUGAUUGCAAACCAAGUUGCAGAUCCUGCGUUGUUAUAUCGCCAGCAAAAAAAAGAGGCAUGGGACGAGCAAUCGAGUGUAAUUUUGGCAAAAAAAAUUAUGUUAAUCAAUUAACUUUUAUAAUAUCCAUGCACUGAUAAAGUUUAAGUAAACACCCCUUAACAGGUCUGAAAUUACUGAUGAAAGAAAUGUCCAAAUUUGCUAUUACUAAAAUAUGACAUCAUAAUUCAUGCAGCAUAAUUAAAUCUGAAAUUCUUUAAAUGUGAAUAUCUUGAAAACGCUUUUUAAAAAAGACUUGUUAGCUAACUUUUUAAGCUCUAUAAUAUAAGUCCAACAUCAUUUUAUACCUCGGGUUCCCUUUAAGUAUAUCUACAUUAUAAUUGGCAAAAUAUGUCCACCUUUUUUUCACAUGGAAUUUUAUAUUUUCAAUACAUUCUUGUCCCAUUAUAUACAAAGUUUAAUUAAAGGCUCCUGUGCUUUAGUAUAUAUUUUUAUUGUGUUUAAACUCCUGGUGACUUAUGAUUUUUUAUCCACAUUGAUUUUGAUUUUUUCCUAUUUAAUCACCAGAAAUUAAAUAUUUAUUUCAAGCACUGAUGUUUAACAGGUAUGUGCAAGGUACAUAAUUAAUAACUUAUGUUAUUGUUAUUUACAGGGUAUAUAUAUAAUUAAAUAAAUUAUGUCUUGGUUAAGCGAGUUCACAUCUAAAGCUGAAAAUUUGUUAAAUAAAAUUGAUCAAAGUGCAGCAACUACAUUCAAUGAAUCUACAAAUGUUGUAUCGCCAGACCAACACAUUGGUGAGAUAAACGUUGCAAAAGAACCACAAAAUUUUGCUUCCACAAAGUAUGUCCCACGAACUUCACCCGUCAACAAAACAUUUGAUUCACAAGAAAAAAAGCAUCCAGCCCAUCUGGCAUUAAACAAUUCAGCUGAAACCAGUCGAUCUUCAAACCAAGGUAUCAAGAAUGGAAUACAAACAAACCUAGCUAGAUCUUCAAGCUCACCAUCAUUGAACAAAAAAGAAGAUGAUCUACUGUUUGAAUUUCUGAAUAGUAACAACCCAGUCACAUUAAAAAAAGGACAUGUCCGAAAUCUUUCUGGCCCUAAAACUUCAACUCCUCGCAAAACCUUACCUUUGUCAUCUAAUGUAUCAUCUUCAAGACCAGUUCCAUCAACACAGCCAGAAGAACAAAAACACAAUGAUGCUGUGGACUCAGCUCCACCUGUAAUGUCUGCUCAAAAGUCAGAAAAGGAUAUAACUGACAGAAGUGAUAAGGAAAGUGAGAAAAAUAAGUCAGAUCAAAGUCAGCAACAUACGUACGAUGAAGCUAAUAAAAUUGAUGCUACAAGGAUUUCAAAUCUGGAACUGGAAAAUAAACUGCUAAAAAAUGAAAUGCAUUCCCUCAAUGAAGAGCUUGCAUCAACAUUGACAAAGCUGAAAGAGCAGCAGCAAGAAACUGAGAAAUAUAAGCUUCGCUAUGACAACAGAAGAGCUCAGCAGAAUGAAGACUAUGAACGUAUACAAAAGGAAUUUGAAAGCAAGGAAAUGGAUCUCACAGAAGCCUUAAAAGCAAAAGAUUCACAGUUGGCUGUCCUUCGUGUCCGCAUUCAGGAAGUUGACAUGGAAUUGCAAAAGAAAACAAAGACUCUUGAAGAAGUACAAGAACAAAAUGAAAGAUUAUUUAAAGACCAUUCUGAUGCAACUGGUGUGCAGAGUGUGGCUUUAGAUAACAUAAAAUUCAAAUUAGAGGAAGCCGAAGAUCACCUUCGACUGGAGAGAAAUGAAAAGGAAAAUAUCAAAUCAGAACUGAUGAAUUUACAAACAAAACGACAAAGUGAGCAACGUCAAUACACAGAAACAAUUAAACAACUGCAAGCACGGCAGUCUGAAGGAAAAGAUAAAUCACGAGAAAUUGAGGUGAAACUGAAACAGUCUGCGGAUGCUGCUAAUAUUGCUCGCAAGGAAUUAAAAGAUUACAAAGAUAAAGCUGCACGUAUAUUGCAGGCAAAGGAAAAAUUAAUCAACUCGCUGCGACAAGGAACAGAUUCGACAGAAGCUUCACCAGUGCUGUUGUCAGAAUUGGAAGAAACCAAGCAGGAGAGAGAUGCGCUAAGAGACGAACUACAACAAACGAAAUAUAAUUUGGAAAAAGUGCGAUCAGAAUAUCUGGACUUAGAACUCCUUCACAACUCUGAGUAUGAUGAGAAUCAACAAAGAAUUGACAGCUUGCAAAUUUCUUUACAAGAUGAAUCUCAAAAAAGACAACAUGCUGAAGAAGAUAUGAAACGCUACAUGCAGGAAUUACAAUUUACAAGAGAAGAUUUGCAUAAAAUCAAGAAAUCUCAAAUUUCACAAACACAGCAACACGAAGCAGAAAUGAAGAAGCUGCAACAACAGGUUACAGCAAAGGUGAAACAAAACGCAAACUCGUCUCAAGACGAACUUGAAAAUCGAAUACGAACGUUGACUGACAGUCUGAUACACAAGCAGACUAUGGUGGAAGCUCUAAGCACAGAAAAAAAUUCACUCGUUCUCCAAUUAGAAAGACUGGAAAAGCAAUACCACGACGUUCAAAGUAGCUUAACACGAAGAAACAAAGAUCACUCGACCGACAUUGAAGAUCCGGAAAGCGGUUCUCGAUUACAACCCAUGGCAUCCAUUAUGCCUUCUCAAAUCACACAAAACAGGCACUGGAAGAAAACGGUAAACGACAUCGAUAAAUUCAGUAUUCGGCUUGGUGUAUUCUUACGUCGCUAUCCCAUCGCCAGGUUGAUGGUUAUUGUUUAUAUGUUUAUUCUCCACUUGUGGGUUACUUUUGUCUUGCUGACAUACACACCUGAAAUGCAUAGCAGCGACCCCCACUCGCCGAAAGAUCCUCACUCAUAGUGGAAACUGCAAACAUGUCAGUCCUAGAAUGCGGCAGGGCCCCUUUGACCUGAUCCCAAAGAAUAACAAGGAGACAAAUGAAUCUUAUUAGCACGCUCACUUCAUCAUGCAACAUUAAAGCGAAAUGUACCAAUUGAUGGUUUAUUCACUGUGGAUGAUACCAAGAUGUGUAGUUAUAUAGGCGACCGAAGUUGACCAAGAUAAAUUUAAAAUCAAUUUAGCGUUGAGCUGUUACGACAAACAUAAUGGCACUUCUUUGUUUUGAAACAUGUAUUUCAAAUUUGACUUUUUGAAACAGGUCGUAGACGACAGAUUGUCAUCAGUUUUUAUCCACUUCGCCCAAUUAUUGUGAGAUUUCUAGAUUAUUCCUACUCUAAGAAGCAACCUCCAUCAAAGAAUUAUCGAAUUUUACCUAACUAAUUAUUUAUAUUUAUUGUUUUAUUACAUUUGUUUAAGCUAUAUAUUAUAACGUUUGAACGUUGUUCUAGCCUUUUACUGUAUAUUUAUUUUGAUGUUAUAGAUUAGUUCAGGUGUUCAGACUUAGGAUGUAAAAAAAAUGACUAAAAAUUCCGUCAUAUUUAAGGGCUUCUAUGCUUACUGUUCUCUUCUACACUGACAUUGCUUCGCCACUUUAAAUCUGCCAUCAUUUUGAAAUAACCUUGAAUUACUUUUUCUGUGGUGUAGUUGUUAUUUUUUGUGUAACUUAUAUAGAUCUAAUAUUUUUUGACUGGUUUUUCUUAUAAAAGAUUUAUUUGUGCACAUGAAUUUAAAAUAUGAAGGAGAAUAUGA